CCAGUCCUCUGAUCCAGAGCCGGACUCUGCGUCUCUUCGUGUCUCUGUCAACAAUGUAACCAACAGCGAGGCGGAGACGAAGCGCACAGCGCAGCGCACACAGUGUUUACCAUGGAGCUCGGCAGCAGAGAAACGCCGAGUUAGACACGACUUUAAGAGCUCCAGCCCCUGAGGGCGCAGUCCCAGACGUCAGAGGGAACCAGUCGUUUGGACAACAUGGCCUCCAGAGCGCCACCUGAGAAAUCCGCCUGUGGCCUCACAGACAGGAGCAGUAGCUUCUUUAAGCUGAUUGACACAUUUGCGUUGGAGAUCGGGGAGCUGAAGAAAGAGAUGGUCCAGACCCCUCCAACUAUGGACAAAGAGUCACGGGACCUACAAGGGCUGGAGAGUGGUGUUUACCUGCAGGCUCCUCACUGUGGAGGCCUGGCGGCUGAAAGGGAUUCUGGCUAUGAUUCCUUGAGGAGGAGGAUGAGCGUGUUGGACAGGCUGACUCAAACUCACCCGGUGUGGCUGCUCCUGGCCCUCAGUGAGGAGGACGCCAGUCGCAUACUGCUCAAACAGCCUCCAGGGGUUUUCCUGGUCAGAAAGUCUGCAGCCCUGCAGAGGAAGGUCCUCUCUGUGCGUCUGGAGGACGAUCAGUCAGGAUCUCCCAUCAGCCACUUCCCAGUCAGAGAGAGUCAGUACACCUUUUCUCUCGAGGGAUCCGGGAUCAGCUUCGCGGAUCUGUUUCGCCUGGUGGCCUUCUACUGCAUCAGCAGAGAUGUCCUGCCGUUCACACUCAAACUCCCAGAAGCCAUUGCAUCUGCCAAGACACAGAAAGAACUGGAGGAGGUGGCUCAGCUCGGAGCAGGCUUCUGGAACUCCGUCCUGUGCAGCCAGCGGCGCAUAUCCUGUCGCCCUCUGAGCCGUACCCUCAGCCCCCAGCGCAUUAAUAGGAACAGGGAGGGCGAAGGGCCCCAGCAAGAGCAAACCAGGUCUCACUGUGACAGCGCGCCUCCAACACUACGCUCACACGCUCCUCCACCUUCCUUUCAUCUGGAGAGAAGACAUUCCAGUGGUCCUCUGUGCUUUGUUAACCCCCUGUUUCUCCAAACCCAUGAGCACCACCAUCGCUGCGAGGACGAUUCACCUUCACGUGCCGUCAAGUCCAACCAAGAGAAUGCAGGGGAAACAGAGCCACUAACUAGCAGCCAGACUAGUGAGCAGCACCUGGGCCAGAACAAACUGAACAGCAAGUCGCGGUCUCCUCCCCCUCGCCCCCCUCCUCCCUGCUCGAUGCCACGCCGGCGUCCUGCCCCACCGCCACCUGGAGCACCGCCAGCUACUAGCAGACAGUCAGUCAAGAGUAUGCCAGAGGUCGUACCCAUGGCUACAAAGCAACACCAGUCCACCACCAGGCGCCCAGCACCCGCUCGACCGACAAUGGGCACGAAGCACAGCAACCUGUCCAAAAGCGUCAGCUCCCCAAUCCCCGUGCCUUCAAACCCACCGCCUCCGAGGCCCAAGAAGCCUGACCUGGAAGCCCAUCGCUGCCACAUCGCCCUGGAUGAUGAGACCAUCGCUAAGGCCCUGUCUCGCGCCAAGCUCCCACCUUGUCAUUCUCCACCUGCUGCUGAUGUGCUACUAGAGAACAACAUUGAGAGCUCAUCCAGUCCCAAUGAGAGGGGACGCCAGCGGCUCAGUGACAUGAGCAUGUCUACUUCAUCCUCCGACUCACUGGAAUACUCGCAGUCUCCCGGAUUCUCCCUCGGACUUGCUCCGAGUCCGUCAAAACACCUUAACCACCAAGAGCCGGUGGAGGACAGCAGUGAGGAGGACGAGGAUGGGGAAGAAGAAGAGGAGGAGGACUAUGGAGUUGGUCUGGAGACCGACCUGGAAAUGCGGCUCCGUCCGUCCUUUAAAGCACGGAGGCAGAAGGUCGGCGUGAGUCUGGGCGGGGGGUCGUUCAUCCUCCCCAGGGCCUUGAGGGGACACUUCCGCAAGGUGAGCGGCAUGCUCAGCUCCCUCAUGACCCCGGAGAGACGGGCCAUAAAAAAGAUCGCAGAGCUGUCCAGGGACAAAAGCUCAUAUUUUGGCUCCCUGGUUCAGGACUACAUCAGCUUCGUUCAGGAGAAUCGAAGCUGUCACACAUCAGGGAUGGAUUUCCUUCAGACUCUCAGGCAGUUUAUGACACAGAUGAAGGCUUACCUGCGCCAGACCUCUGAGCUCGACCCCCCAAUAGAGUCCCUCAUACCCGAGGAACAGAUCGACCAGGUGUUGGAGAAGGCCAUGCACAAGUGUGUCCUGAAGCCUCUGAAGAGCGUGAUCGAAGUGGCCUUACAUGACUUCCAGGUGAAGAGUGGAGCUUUGCAGCAGCUCAGAGAGAACUUGGCCCUGGCUAAGGCCAAGAGGCCCCAGGAGCUGGGCGUGGAUGGGGCCGUACCGCCUGACCCCGUGGCUAUUGACAAAAUCUGCCAGAAGUUCCAAAACAUGAGGAAGAUGUACUCGCCUGAGAAAAAGGUGUCACUGCUGCUGCGAGUGUGUAAACUCAUCUACACCAUCAUGCAGGAUAACUCCGGGAGGAUGUACGGUGCCGAUGACUUCCUGCCCAUGCUGACAUACGUGGUGGCUCAGUGUGACAUGCCGGAGCUGGACACUGAGAUCCAGUACAUGAUGGAGCUGCUGGACCCAUAUCUGCUUCAAGGAGAGGGAGGCUAUUACCUGACCAGUGCCUAUGGAGCUAUGGCCCUUAUCAAGAACUUCCAGGAGGAGCAAGCGGCCAGGGUGCUGAGCUCUGAGGCCAGGAACACGCUACACCAGUGGCACCGCCGGCGAACCGCUCAACGUUCAAUACCAUCAGUGGACGACUUUCAGAACUAUCUCCGUGUGGCUCUACAAAAUAUGGACGCAGGCUGCACGGCCAAAACCCUUGUUGUCCACCCGUAUACCGCCACAGAAGAGGUGUGCUCACUCUGUGCUUACAAGUUUAAGAUCCCUGACCCUGAGAACUAUGCACUGUUCCUGGUCACUGAAGACACCAGCCAGCAGCUCGCCAUGGACACGCACCCUCAGCGAAUCAAAGCUGAGCUCCACAGCCGGCCACGUGCACAAGUCUUUCACUUUGUCUACAGGAGAGUACCGAACCUGAACCUCUGUAUCCCUGCCGUCAUGCAAAAUGGAAACUGCCGCGAUGUUGAAUAGUAUGAAUAUGUGUGUCUCGCGGAAUUCUUCUGGUGCUUGUAGAUGUGUGUUUUGUAUAUAGAUUAGAGGAUAUGUGAAUGGAAACAGAAGCUGUACAUUGGCGUAUUGAUGCAAAUGUUAAAUAAAAAUAAGAAUUUUGUAAGGACCCACGAAGUUAUCAGAUGGACACUGGAAAGUGUUGGUGUUUUACUUAAAAGCCUCGAGACCGGUUCAGACUUGUGUCGAAGUGAAAAGGCAAAGAGUGGUCAACUGCUCUGGUUUGUAGGAUUUUAGCAUGUGCAGCCUUGUAAGGAGGUGAAAUGACUGUUGGACACGUACGUCCUCAAAGAAAAGGUCAUACGGUAAAAUAUUGUAUGUAACUAUGCAGUCAGCAUUGACUAAAAUGAUGCAGGAGAGAGAAUGUCAUGCUCAAACAUUAAUUUAAUAAGUAAAAUGAACUAUUGUGGGGGAAAAAAAGUUUUUUAUUACUCUACAACUGCUGGUCAAUUGUAGAUUUUAUUUGUGUAGAAAUAUUUUUAUAUUCAUAUGUUAUUCUGCCCUAAAACGACAGAGAUUUGUAUUCUGAUUAAAAUGUCUGUACUGGACUCAAUACUGGACAUAUUUAUGCCAGGUAUUUCUUAAAAGUCAGUUGAAACCGACACUGUUUCUGUUGUCAUUUAUGAGAAACACCAGCCUGACUGUGGAAAUACUGUAUAUAAAAUGCUCUCAAAAAGA